UUUCUUCGUUCAAAUCCAUCUCCGUGAAUGGAGCUUCAGAGAUCAGUGAUGAUGAGGCUCUUUCUAAGGUUUCUGCUACUGUCUUUCGCACCUAUCUCAAUUCAUGGAAGAUUUGUGGUGGAGAAGAACAGCUUGAGGGUAACAUCAUCGGACCGAAUCAGGGGAACAAAUGACAGCGCCAUUGGAAACUUUGGAAUACCUCAAUAUAGUGGUAGCAUGGCUGGGAAUGUUUUGUACCCAAAAAAUAAUCAAAAGGGUUGUAAGGAGUUUUCUGACUUCGGGAUUUCGUUCCAAUCCAAGCCUGGAGCUCUUCCGACCUUCGUUUUGCUAGAUCGUGGAGGUAAUCUUCUCCAUUUCACUCUCCCAAUCCCAAAACGAUGAAUAGCUACUUCCACCGAUUUGGCUUCUUAAUAGUGUUUCGCCAACCUUGUUGGAACACAAUUGGAAUUUCUCUUGGCGACACAAUUGGAGUUGGAACACCUGGUUCUGUUGUUCCAAUGCUUGAGGCUGUCAUGGCUGUUGCUCCUGUUGAGAAGUUGGCUGUCCACUUUCAUGACACUUAUGGGCAAUCUCUGCCAAACAUUUUACUGUCCCUUCAAAUGGGAAUUAGCACUGUCGAUUCCUCCAUAUCGGGCUUAGGUGGCUGUCCUUAUGCUAAAGGAGCUUCGGGAAAUGUUGCCACCGAGGAUGUUGUAUACAUGCUCAAUGGACUUGGAGUGAAGACAAAUGUGGAUCUUCCGAAGCUCAUGAAGGCUGGGGAUUUCAUCAGCAAGCAGCUGAGUCGCCCAUCAGGUUGCAUCUGUUAUGACAGUUUGGAACCAAAUGCAACCUGCAUAUGCUGCUAACAUGUGAAAUGAAGCCUUGAACAAGAGCCUUGGAACUCAGGGCCUUAAUCUUCAUAACAUUCUUGUAGAAACUGAAAAGUGUGGAUCCUCUUUUGAUGAGUUGUUGACAAUUCCAGAGCAAGAUGAUUGGUUGUAUAAUGAUGGGAAGUAAACAUCUUGUGUUGCUUUCAUUCUUGAAAUGUAUAAGGAGGCUGGGCUUUUUGAUCUAAUUUCUAGCUCUAUACAAGUCAUUGAAUUUACAGUAAGUCCAUCCUGGAUAGUUUAAUGUAAAGGUACUAUUCAUCACCAUAACUUAGCAAAGGAAGUUUGAAUUCAUUGUAUUGGAUUGGAUCAGAUUUUAAUUUUUUUAAUCUGAAAUUUGAAUUGAAAAUGUGGUUUUUACAGGGUAUGAGUGAUCAUAGGCAAGAAAAUUGACCUAAUAUUUUCUUGAUGAUCUUGAUUAAGAUUAUGAUGAGGUUCAAGUAAAGAAUUAUAUCUUGAAGAAAAGUGGUUUUUGCAGAGUAUGUAUAUCUCUUAUUUUAGUAUGAGUGAAUUUAUUUUCUUGAAGAUUUUAAGAGUAUAUUGUAUAUCUCUUAUAUCAAUUAUAUUAGUAUUUAUUUAUAUUAUAUUUUUAUAAUAAGUCAUUAUGGGCUCGUUUGGAACGCCGUAUUAGGUCGUAUUGUAUUGUAUUGUAUUAUAUUGAAUUGGAUUAUAUAUCAUAUUUUUAUAUAAUACUAUGUUAAACUUUAAUUUAUACUAAAAUAUUAUAUAUUUAGGUGUCCAUAAAAGUUAAUACCACAUAUAGUUUUACAUAAAAAUAUUACAUAAAAUACAAUUCAAUAUAAUACAAUACAAUACAAUACGACCUAAUACGGUGUUCCAAACGAGCCCUAAGUAAUCAAAAAACUCAAUUCUAAUCUAGACAACUAUGAAACCUUCCGAGAGUAAGAAUGGUCAGGACCCUGGUAUUACUUUUUUUUUUUUUGUCUUCUUAUUUAUCUAGAUAAAUGUUCUGUAAUGAUACUUUGAUUUCUUAACUCAUGAUUUAUUUAUAUUUAUAUUUUAUUUAUUAA